CCAAGGAAAAGAUCCUAAAAACUAAAACCCUCUCGCAGUAGGCCUUAUGGCUAUGGCAAAAACCCUUCUCCAUUCCUUCUGAAAUCCACCGAAGGAAGGAGUUAUGUCAGCCCCAAAAUUCUUAUACUUCGGCACUGCGAUUUCACGGACAACAUCCAGAGCCCUAUCGCCGCUCCUCCUCCCCAGAAGGUUCCCGCCAAAGCUCCUACGCUUCGUCAAUUGCAGUUCUUCUACCGCGCCUGAUUCCGCCACCAGCGGCGGCGCUGAUGCUCCUCAACAACUCUCCACCCUCACUCACCACCCGUGGCCUGAAUGGGUUUCCUUCGUCGACGGGCUGAAAACCAAAGGUUACUUGACCGAGUCUUCUCCUUCAGAAGACGCAGACGGAGGUGGAGGCGGCGGUGAUGGAGCUACGGCAUCCGAGAAUGUUUACAGUGACAUGAACGUGUUGAAGGAUGCUUGCCUCAGCUUCGCGCGGGAUCGCUACGAUGUUUUCAAGUCGUUGUCCACAGAUGAUAUUCAAACGGUUGUGAAAGGUGGAUGUCCCAAUCUCUUCAGGAAAGUUGUUAAUUCAGCUAAAAGGUUGAGGGCUUAUGUGCAACUAGAUGAAGGGGACGUUUGUAGUACUUGCAACCUUCGAGGUUCCUGUGAUAGAGCUUAUGUUAUUUUAAAGGAACCAGAAGCAACUGCAAGAACUGUGGAUAUAGCUCGAAUGUUGUUGACCUAUGCACUGGAUCCACUUGUUUUGUCUGGAGGGGACAAACCUUUGGGUAGAGAGCAUGUCGAAGUAUCCGUGAGGAAAUUGCUUUCCAAGCUAUCCGAACUGAGCGAAAAACCCCUUGAUUCAGCAAUAGAGAAGGCUGAUACUAAAUCUCCCUCAAGAAAAGAAAAAACAUCAAAAUUUACGAAUGAUGCCUUAUCAAAAGAUGUAGAGAUGAAGAGAGGAGAUUGGAUGUGUACAAAGUGCAAUUUUUUGAAUUUUUCGAGAAACAGGAGGUGUUUAGAAUGUAAUGAAGAUGGUCCUAAAAGGGUUCGGGCUGAUGAGAUUGAAAUGAAGAGUGGAGAUUGGACCUGUCCAGAGUGUAACUUUAUGAACUUCUCAAGAAAUAUACGCUGCUUAAAGUGCAAAGCAGAGGGGCCGAAGAGGAUGAAUGAUGACGAAAUUGAAAUGAAGAAGGGAGAUUGGAUCUGCCCGCAAUGUGCAUUCAUGAACUUCGCCAGCAACAAGAAAUGUCUGCGAUGCCGAGAACAUCGUCCAAAGAGGGACCUGAAUCCAGGAGAAUGGGAAUGCCCCUCAUGUGACUUCUUGAAUUACAGACGAAACAUGAGCUGCCGCAAGUGCAAUGGUGAGCGCCCCAAACAAGAAAUAAGUUCCGAGUAUGAGGAUCAACUGUGGGAGUCACCCAGGGAGAGGUGAAGUCCAAGACCAACAAAUUGAUUCAAAUUUUGGAGAUGUUUGGUAAUUGAGUUAUUAUUAGAUUAAUUGUAUGAUUUUCUGGCGAUAUUUAUUUUAGCUAUUAGCAUUUUGAAUUUUGAUUAUCUAUUUCUUUGUUCCAUUCCAAGGAUAAUUUAGUGUAAUGAGUAUUGGCAUGUCGACUAGAGUCUAGAAAUGGUCUUAUCUAUUGAUGUGAUGGACUUUAUCUUUUCUGCAUGUUCUAAUUUCUCUCC